AUGCGCCCUGCCGCGGCUGGUACCGACGCCGACGCCGACGGUCGUGGCACACCCGGCACACCCGGCACACCCGGCCCAGACGCCAAACGGAAGAAGACCCGGAAUGGCACGCACAGCUGCUGGGCCUGCAAAAGACGCAAGGAGAGAUGCAUCUUUGACUCGCAGAUAUCGACGUCGACAGACCAUGCCGCCACCUGCCUAGGCUGUCAGCGCCGCGGUACGCCAUGUGUCAGCCAGGAGUUUCCCGACGACUUCUCGGCGCCGCCAGACGGUGCGCGUCAGAUGGGUGAUCACCUAGUGAGGCUGGAGGCGCAGAUGGAAAAUCUGAGCAGGAGAUUUGGUAGUGACGACGCAGUCUCUGACUGGGCCUCGAGUAGUCUUGAUGCUGGUGGGAGGCAUGACCACGGCAUUCCCAUGCCAGCGUCCACCGUACCGGAUUCGCCACGGGGAGCGCGUUCUCGCGGAAACGCUCCAGCCGUCUCUUCAGCCCGGGCAUCAAGUGUAGAGAAUGAUCGGACCGGUCAUGAUCAAAGCAGAGCCACCCGCGACGCGCGCACUGGCAGGCUCCCGAAUGUUGUACUGGCUGGUCCAGCGAAGCAUGCGAGACUGUCCCGAAUCUUGCAUGACGCCCUGCCCUCCUCUGAGGACACGGACGUGAUAUGCAGAGCCAGUCACCGCAGUUUCUACAUGUUCAACGAAAUUCUGACUGUGCCAUCCAAGACACUCGACCAAGAUGGUCUGACAUCGCCCGAGGACAUACUGGUCAGACCUGGGCAGAAUGCUCACCCUGUCUUGAUCGCGAAACACAUGCUUCAGCUAGUCCAUAUACUACAGCAGCAGUUCCACCCGACCCUAGACGAGGAUUUGAGAGGCCUGUCGGAGCCCCCACAAGAGUUGCUGGAACGACUAGCAGACACCGCCAUCAGCCUUGUAACGACUCAAGACCGGCUUCUUGGAAGCAUCGAAGGCUUAGAAUGCGUCAUGUUAGAGAGCAUGUACCACGCCAACGGCGGCAGCCUGCGCCUGAGCUGGGCAGCAGGGCGUAGAGCACAGCAUCUGGCACAACUGAUGGGAUUCCAUCUAUCAGGAGAUCGGCUGCGGUAUCAAAUGCUUGACCCCCAAUCGAAAGCUGACCCCAGUUUCAUGUGGUUCCGUAUCGUUCACUACGACCGCUAUCUGAGUCUUAUAUUGGGCCUCCCACAGGGCUCCAGCGAUCGCAGCAUGGCAUUGCUUAGGGUGCAGGUGACACUCUGCGCACGCCUCGAGCGAGUACACUGCAUCAUCGCUGCUCGCCUGCUAGAGCGCAACCAGUCGGGCGCAACAUCCCAUGACUUUGUUCUCACCCGAGAGCUCGACACGGAACUCCAGAAAGCCGCCAGGAGUCUUCCCAGCAAGUGGUGGCUCACGCCGAACCUGGGCAACAAUGCAAAUGAUGAUGAGGCCCUCUUCUGGGACCUCAAGCAACUCAUCACGCAGAUGUCUCACUACAAUAUAUUGAACCAGCUCCAUCUGCCUUACAUGCUCCGAUCGUCCGACCAACACAACCAUGAACACUCCAGAAUCGCCUGCGUAAACGCAUCGCGGGAAAUCCUGUCGCGUUUUGUCGUGCUGCGGAGCUUCCACCGCAUAGCCUUUAACUGCCGCACCUCGGACUUCGUCGCCCUCAUGGCCUCCAUGACCCUCCUCCUCGCUCACCUGGAUAGCCGUCGCCCGUCCUCGCAGACAGGCAACCUUCUGGCCCAUAAAUACCUCAGCGACCGCGCCAUGAUGGAGCAGGUCCAGGAAAGUAUGCAAGAGGUCAGUAAUUUGGGCGAUGACGUGUUCAGCGCGGAGAGCGACGACCUGCUGCGCCGUCUACUGGCCAUCGACGCCGAAGCGGCCGAUGGUCACACAGGGCCCGCUGAAGCCGUCACUGCCCAGGCCCAUGGGGUCGAAGCGGCGCCCAACAGCGAAAAUGAAGGGCGUGGCGUCGUUUGUGUCAAUGUCCCUUACUUUGGGAUCAUCAAGAUCGCGCGUGAGGGCACAAUAUCAAGAGAGAUGCCCAGGCCCUCACACGCCCCUCCCGAGGCACUACUCUUUGCACCGAAGCAACUUCCAGCCACGACAGCCACGACCGACUUGGUUAUCAAGGAGGCGACCGACGGAGACGGCUCAGCACACUGCCAGCAGCCUCCAAGCGCCAGCCCGGCGGCACCCUUGGGGCCUGCAGAAGCUUACAGCCAGCACGGACUGCUCCCCAGCAUCAGCGCCGAUACCAUGCAGCCACUUGCCCAAAAUGCGUUCUUCGAUCCUCUCCUCCCCGGAAUGACCGCCGGUGCCGACGAUUGGACAUUCCAGGGGGUGGACAUGGCUUUCUUCGACACUUUAAUGGGCAGCGCGGGCGGCGACGGACAUCUUAAUACUGAUGGCAUGGCGUGGCAAAAGGAUUUCACCUGA